AUCUGUUGCUUGAAAGGUUUCUGGCGUCAAGAUUUGUGGGUAAUGUCUGCGUUUUUUCCGUCCUAAAGACGCCUUCAAGCUGGCAUCCAGGCAUCUUUGCACGCAUUAUUACAAUUGCAACGACCUACCAUUCCUCGGAGUAUUGCCGUGACAUCUCGCCCGAAUAGGAAAAGAAAGGUCAGUUUCGUUCCGAAGCCAACGAGAGAGUGAAGAGGGCCUCGAAUUUCAAACAAGUCCAGGUUUCCGCUGGUGACCCGACAUGAAGCUACUGCUCUUGCUCCUGCUGCUGCUGCCCGUCUGCUCAGAGCAGUUUAGCAUCGACUGUUACGGACGAGACCCGCUGGCGAUGGUGCCGCACAUCCUGAACUGCAACAGCGCAGAUGAGCCGCAGGCGUGCUACGAAAGAGAUAACGGCGAGAAAGGCUGCGUCACGCACGACAAGUGCUCUCUGCCCGGCUGGACCUGUUGCUACUCCUCUCUCUGCAACCACUGAGCCUCGCCCCGUUUCACUGAUUGAUUCACGCAAUGUUGGUGCUCUUGUCGUUCGUCGACCAAGUGAAACAACCAAAGAAAAUAAAGGAACUCAAAGUCCAUCCAUCCAUCCAUUUUCAAUACCGCUUGUCCCCACGGGAGUCGUGGGGGAGGUCAAACUGUGGACGCAAAAUGAUUGCAAUGAAAUAAAGCAUUCAUAAUUCAA